CUCCCGGUGCCCGCUCCGGCUGGCGGGUCGCGGCCGCCGCGGCUCCAAGAUGGCGCAGGCGAUCUUCGAGGCGCUGGAAGGAAUGGAUAAUCAGACAGUGCUGGCUGUGCAGUCCUUACUGGACGGUCAGGGAGGUGUGACGGAUCCAUCUGCUCAAAAUGUGAACCCUCCCACCGCCAUCCAGUCGAUGGAUGAUGAAGAUGUGUUCCUCUGUGGGAAGUGUAAGAAGCAGUUCAACUCACUGCCUGCCUUCAUGACCCACAAGAGAGAGCAGUGCCAGGGAAAUGCCCCUUCCCUCUCCACGGUCUCACUGGCCACCAACAGUGUGUACACCCCCUCCAUCACAUCGGUGCAGCAGGCUCCGAGCGCCAGCCGGCAGCAAAUUUCUACAUACAUCACCGUUCCCCCAUCACCUUUGAUUCAGACCCUGGUGCAGGGGAACAUCUUAGUCAGUGAUGAGGUGCUGAUGUCGGCCAUGUCUGCUUUUACAUCCUUGGACCAGCCCAUGCCGACAGUGCCGCCUCCAGCGCAGAGCAGCUUGGGUAUGCACGCUGGGGCUGGCUACCUCUCCCAGCCCCCCCCGCCUCCACCUCCCCCUCCACCGCCCCCUCCUCAGCCUCCGCCGCCUCCCCCGCCGAGCAUGGGGCCUCCAGGGCAGCCCAGCACCGGCAGCAGCGGGGUGGUCGAAGUGUACAGCGCGCCUGCUCCUCUGGCAGCAAACAGCACGGUGGAGAUCCAGACGCUGGGGAUGCAGCCCUACCCGCCCAUGGAGGUACCGAGCCAGUGUGUGGAAAGUCCCGUGUACCCUUCUCCUCCUGUGUACAGCCCUGGGAAGCAGGGCUUCAAGUCCAAGAGCACCAGCGCUCCCACGCCUUUGACCAGUGCAGGAGGAGGCAGUGUGGUUGGUUUUGAUUCCACCCCCACUGCCAAAAGUCGACGCUGCAGAAACGAGAGCGGGCUGCAAGAAGGCAAACCCAAGUCCCCCAAGCUGAAAUGCACUUACUGCGACAAGGCCUUUACCAAGAACUUUGACCUGCAGCAGCACAUCAGAAGUCACACAGGCGAGAAGCCCUUCCAGUGCAUUGUGUGUGGCCGAGCCUUUGCCCAGAAGUCCAAUGUGAAGAAGCACAUGCAAACCCAUAAAGUGUGGCCUCCGGGGCUGGGGUGCACUAUCUCCCGCAACUCCAUCACAGUGCAGGUCAUGGCCUUGAAUCCCAACCAGCCGGAGGACGAGGAGAACACAGGUUUGACUCAGCCCUCAAGGAACCCUGCACCACCGCCCCAAGACAUAAGCCCCUUGGAGGAGAGUGAGGCGGGCAAACUGGAAGCCAAGCAGGUUGUCUUGAUCGAUAGUUCUUAUCAGUGCCAGUUCUGCCCCAGCAAAUUCAACACCUAUUUCCAGCUCAAAUCGCACAUGACACAGCACAAGAACGAGCAGGUGUACAAAUGUGUGGUGAAGACCUGUGCUCAGACCUUCCAGAAGCUGGAGUCCUUCCUGGAGCACAUCAAGAGUCACCAGGAGGAGCUGAGUUAUCGCUGCCACCUCUGCAGCAAGGACUUUCCCUCCCUGUAUGAGCUGGGUGUCCACCAGUACUCUCACAGCCUCCUGCCCCAGCACAGCCCCAAGAAGGACAUGGCCGUGUACAAAUGUGUGAAGUGUGUAAAUAAGUACUCCACCCCGGAAGCCCUGGAGCACCAUCUGCAGACAGCAACGCACAACUUUCCCUGCCCUCACUGCCAGAAGGUGUUCCCCUGCGAGAGGUACCUGCGCCGCCACAUCCCCACGCACGGCGGGGGCAGCAAGUUCAAGUGCCAGAUCUGCAAGAAGUUCUUUCGCCGGGAGCACUACCUCAAGCUGCACGCCCACAUCCACUCGGGUGAAAAGCCCUUUAAGUGCUCAGUGUGUGAUGCAGCUUUCAAUCGGAAAGACAAGCUCAAGCGACAUAUGCUGAUCCAUGAGCCUUUUAAGAAGUAUAAAUGUCCCUUCUCAAGCCACACAGGCUGCAAUAAAGAGUUCAACAGGCCUGACAAGCUGAAGGCUCACAUACUGUCCCAUUCAGGGAUGAAGAUCCACAAGUGCCAGUACUGUAACAAGUCCUUCAGCCGACGAGCCCACAUGGUAGAGCAUCAGCGCUCGCACACCGGCAACUACAAAUACCGCUGCCCCACCUGCAGCAAAGGCUUCACGCGCCACAAGUACAUGAAGGACCACAAGUGCCGGCUGGGCUCACCCAAGGACAAAGACCUGCAGCUCAGGAAGCCCCAGAAGAAGCGGGUGGCGCGGGGGCGCAAAGCGGGCCUUUCCCUCCCCAACCAGCUGGGUCUGGCAGAGCUGAAGGACGGUGCCGCGGGGGAAAGCCCCCCCGAAGGUGGCCCCAACAAAGAACCGUUCCCGGAGUCGGAUGCGGUCCUGUCCAUCGUGGUUGGUGGGUCAGGAGCUGCUGACUCAGACCUUGUCGUUCCUGGGCAGCCCAACAGCAUCGCGCCCGAUUUGGCCCUGGCAGAACUGCAGACUGCCUCCGACGGCCCCUGCACCAUGCUGGCUGUCCCUGUUUACAUCCAAACGACAGAGUGAUAAUGCGUAGAGCCACUGUGUGGCUGAGGGCUGCUGCUGGGGCUGUCAGACUCGGUGCUGAAAUUUAUCCCAGUGAAAAAGACCAAAGCUCUUGCGGGGAGGCGGAUGGAUAUGGGAGAGAAUGCCUUUCAUCUCCACUUGUUCUUCCCAUCCUUGGGCAGAGAACUGCUUGGAAGCCACUGACAGCCACAAGGCACUGAAGAGGAUGGCUCCAUUAUUUCUUGUCCCUCUGCAUCACUGGUCAGCUUAGGGCAAGAAAAACUCAGAUCCCUGAAUCAGGGUAAGAAGAAGGAGCGUACAAACUUGCAACAAACAGAGCUGCUGAAAUCAGGUGGCUUUGCAAAUCACAUCCUGUCCCAUCUGUGGCUUUUCUGGACUAAAAGCUGUAUUGCCCAGUAUUUGGGUGGCCUUUCCAAGAGCAAACAAUUGAUCCUUCCUAGUGGAAGCAAGUUCAUCCUGAGAUCCUUUGGGAACACUGUUUGGAAAUACCCUGAUAGACUUAUCUAUGGUAUCUUUCUUCUCUGUCUCUUAUCAGUAGAAAGAUCACCUAGUCUGUACUACAUGUGUUAUAAACACUGUGGACCUUGUGUCAUGUGGAGUCAGUGGGUGGGAGCACGUGUGCGUGUUGAUUCUGCUCUCUGGCUGGUAUUCUCUCCACAGUGUUUGUCCUUUUCAUGUUUUUUCUCCAUAUUUAAGUAUGUCCAAGUGCCUUAGACACCAGUGAGCCAAUCCCUGGGACAGUUAAAUAUGACGCCUUCUGUGUACAGCAAGGGGGAGCAAUGACCUGUCCAGAGUCACACAGGCAAUGCGUGAUGCAUCCACGGGCCAGAUUUUUAGCAUUGGCUCUGGAUUAGGUGCUUCAGGGUACUUCUGUGCACUUCCUCUCUCUCAGCUUCUUCCCAGCCAGUGCAUUCCCUCAGCUCAGUUCUAUGGGCCAGGUGUUAGGAGUUCCAGUGGGUCACUGGGAGCUGAGGAGUCGGUGUGGUUGGGUAGCAAGAAAGUCUGGUGUGAGUGGGACGGUUUCUCUUGUCCGCUUGGCUUCUCCUCUCUGAUUUCUCGAGUCCCAGCCAAAACCAGCAUGGGAGCACCAAACUCAGGAGAUGGAAAAUACCAUUGUGCAAUGCUGGUAGAGGAGGUUGCUCUGCUCUGCCAGGCUUUCUUCCUGCUCCGUGUGUAGGCCAGCCGAUCUGAGCCUUCCCGGGUAAAUUUGUGUGAUGAGCUGCUAAGUUGUCUGUAGAUGCGAAAUGCUGCGUUUCAGCCUGUUUCUCCGGGGGUGGUGCAGAGCAGAGUGUGGGUUGUCAGUCAGUCCUGGGGGCUGAAACUCUGGCUGCAGAGUCCCCUGCCUUGCCGUCUGGGAAACGGUGGGUGUUUCUGGCCGCUGGAGCCGGCAGCCCAGCGUUACUGCUCUGACCAGCCUGACCCUGAGGCCUGCCCGAGCUCCAGCCCAUCGCUUGACCUCAAGGUCCUCUUCCUUUCUCCUUCCAGUGUAUUUUGCUCAAAUCUUAAGAAUAACAGUUUGCAGAGACAGCAUGCUGGUGCCGUGCCCAUCGUGGCAUCUCCUCCUGGCGGCGUGUGCUCCCAUGCUGCACCCACUCUAACAAUGGAUUACGCUGGGAGACUGUCACCCUUUCCUGUCAGGAUGGGUCUUGCUUUGCUUUGCUCAUUCAUUUUCCUAACUCACUUUUUGCCCUUUUCACUUUUUUUGUGAUGCUUCUGUACCUCUUGCUGUUGGAGGGUGUUAGGAAAUGGAGCACAAGGCUUACAAGGGGAGGCUGGGGCAGGGGGAUUGUUCAGCUCUUCGGGCUUUGUAAGAGGUUAAGGAGAGGUCUUGCUGCUGCUUACAGCUGCCUGACAGGCGGGAGCGGAGGAGGUGGAGCCAGACUCUUCAGAGGUGCAUAGGGACAGCACAAGAGGCAACAGGGACGUGUUGGAACAUGGUAACUUCUGACUCGAUAUAAAAAAAAAAAAAAAUUAUACCAAGAGGGUGAUCAAAGGAAGGGGGCCACGGAGAGGCUGUGAGAUUUCAGUACCUGGUGAUACUCCAACAGAGCAUCCUGAGCUGAGUGGGUGUGCUUGGGAGGAGGUGGCUGGGCUGGAGACCUCCAGAUGGCCCUUCCUCCUUGCCUGUUUCUGUGCUUCUGUGAAAUGUCUUGUCUGCUUUGAAGGACGAGUUUAUUUGCCCACAAUGUUUGUUUUAAAUACUUAGCUCUCACAGGAGGGGAACAGUAUCAGGAAAUAGUUUGCUAAAUAUACUUUUCCUAUUUUCCUCCC